UUUCCUCUAAGGAAUUGUGGGUUGAAGAGUAGUCUCCGCCCUGUAACAUUUCUGCAUGUUUUUUGUAUCCAAUUGUAUGGGUAUAUUACACACUUUCCCUUAAUUCAUCCUUAAAUGAUAGAGUACCUACAGUUUAUUACUAUGUCUAGUUAGCACUCUGUCAUGGAAGGGGUUGGGUGAGAGAAGAACUCUAAUAGGAAACCGCUAGAAUUUAAGCCACAGGUUCUGGUUCAAUUCCUGACCCCUCUACUUAUUUUCUCCAUGGCUGAGCCACUCACUUCCCAUCGGUUUCUGGCCUUACUUUUUUCUUCUAUAAAAUCAAGAGGUUGCACUCAGAUGACUAAGGACCUUUCCAACUCAAGCUCUUCUGAUCUUGUUGGAGGGAGAAACCAUAAGAUCAUAGCUUUACAGUUGGAAAGAAACAGUGGUCAUCAUAUUUAAUUUCUUCCUUUUACAGAUGAGGAAACUGAGGCCCAGAAAAGUUAAAUGACUUGGAUAAGGUCAUAGGUUUUUGCCUGCUCUACUUCCUCCUUUUACAGAUAAGGAAACUGAAGUCCAGAAAAAAUGACUUGGAUAAGGUCACAGAUUUUUGCCUGAAACUAAAGCAACUAAACCAAUUUCCUGACUUUAAUAACUACCUGAUCUUUGUCCUGACACGAUUGAAGUCAGAAGAUGAACCAACACGAUCCCUCAGUGGCCUCAUUCUGAAGAACAAUGUGAAGGCACAUUACCAGAGCUUUCCCCCACCAGUGGCUGACUUUAUCAAGCAAGAAUGUCUCAAUAACAUUGGUGAUGCCUCUUCGCUCAUCCGAGCCACUAUUGGCAUCCUCAUCACCACUAUUGCCUCCAAGGGAGAGCUCCAGAUGUGGCCAGAAUUGCUGCCUCAGUUGUGUAACCUCCUCAAUUCUGAAGAUUACAACACAUGUGAGGGGGCUUUUGGAGCCUUACAGAAGAUCUGUGAAGACUCAUCUGAGCUUUUGGACAGUGAUGCGCUUAAUCGACCCCUGAACAUUAUGAUUCCUAAGUUCUUGCAGUUUUUCAAGCACUGUAGUCCCAAGAUCCGGUCCCAUGCCAUUGCUUGUGUAAAUCAGUUCAUUAUGGAUCGAGCUCAGGCACUGAUGGACAACAUUGACACCUUUAUUGAGCACCUGUUUGCCCUGGCGGUGGAUGAGGACCCAGAAGUUCGGAAGAACGUGUGCCGGGCCCUGGUCAUGCUGCUAGAAGUACGGAUCGAUCGGCUCAUUCCUCACAUGCAUAGCAUCAUUCAGUAUAUGCUGCAAAGAACUCAGGACCAUGAUGAAAAUGUGGCCUUGGAGGCCUGUGAGUUCUGGCUGACACUAGCUGAACAACCCAUCUGCAAGGAAGUUUUGUCAUCCCACUUGGUGCAGUUGAUUCCAAUCUUGGUGAAUGGGAUGAAGUAUUCGGAGAUUGACAUCAUCCUGCUCAAGGGUGAUGUGGAGGAGGAUGAGGCUGUUCCAGACAGUGAGCAAGACAUUAAGCCAAGGUUCCACAAGUCUCGAACAGUGACGCUGCCUCAUGAGGAGGAGAGACCAGAGGACCCUGAGGAUCCUGAGGAAGAUGAUGAUGAUGAUGAUGACACCCUGUCAGACUGGAACUUGAGGAAAUGCUCAGCUGCAGCACUGGAUGUCUUGGCCAAUGUGUUUCGGGAGGAGCUGCUUCCUCACCUGCUACCUCUGCUCAAGGGGCUGCUUUUCCACCCUGAGUGGGUCAUCAAGGAAUCUGGGAUCUUGGUCCUCGGAGCCAUUGCUGAGGGCUGUAUGCAGGGCAUGGUUCCAUACCUGCCUGAGCUCAUCCCCCACCUGAUCCAGUGCUUGUCAGAUAAGAAAGCUUUGGUGCGAUCCAUUGCCUGUUGGACAUUGAGUCGCUAUGCCCACUGGGUAGUUAGCCAACCGCCAGACAUGCACUUGAAGCCCUUGAUGACUGAAUUGCUGAAGCGAAUCCUGGAUGGCAACAAGCGUGUGCAGGAGGCAGCCUGUAGUGCUUUUGCUACCCUGGAGGAAGAGGCAUGCACAGAACUGGUCCCUUAUCUGAGCUUCAUCCUGGAUACUCUUGUUUUUGCCUUUGGCAAGUACCAACACAAGAACCUCUUGAUCCUGUAUGAUGCCAUUGGAACGCUCGCUGACUCUGUGGGCCACCACCUUAAUCAGCCAGAAUAUAUCCAAAAGCUGAUGCCCCCCCUCAUCCAGAAGUGGAAUGAAUUGAAAGAUGAAGAUAAGGACCUCUUCCCAUUAUUGGAAUGCUUGUCAUCUGUGGCUACAGCUCUCCAGAGUGGUUUCUUGCCCUACUGUGAGCCUGUCUAUCAGCGCUGUGUCACACUUGUCCAGAAGACACUGGCUCAGGCUAUGAUGUACAACCAACACCCAGACCAAUAUGAGGCUCCAGACAAGGACUUCAUGAUUGUCGCCCUAGAUCUCCUCAGUGGGCUAGCUGAAGGCCUGGGAGGCCAAGUGGAACAACUGGUUGCUCGAAGCAACAUAAUGACUCUGCUCUUCCAAUGUAUGCAAGACACCAUGCCAGAAGUCCGUCAGAGCUCCUUUGCUCUCCUGGGAGACCUUACCAAAGCUUGCUUCAUGCAUGUCAAGCCCUGCAUCGCUGAAUUCAUGCCUAUUUUGGGCACUAACCUGAAUCCUGAGUUCAUCUCCGUCUGCAACAAUGCCACCUGGGCUAUUGGGGAGAUCUGCAUGCAAAUGGGGGCUGAGAUGCAGCCCUAUGUGCAGAUGGUCCUUAACAAUCUGGUGGAAAUCAUCAACCGUCCCAACACCCCCAAGACCCUAUUGGAGAAUACAGGUCGCCUGACGAGUCCCUCUGCCAUUCCAGCCAUCACCAUCGGCCGCCUGGGCUACGUGUGCCCACAGGAGGUGGCGCCCAUGCUCCAGCAAUUCAUCAGGCCCUGGUGCACAUCUCUCAGGAACAUCCGAGACAACGAGGAGAAGGAUUCAGCCUUCCGGGGCAUCUGUAUGAUGAUAGGGGUAAACCCAGGAGGGGUUGUUCAGGAUUUUAUUUUCUUCUGUGAUGCUGUGGCCUCUUGGGUAAGCCCUAAGGAUGACCUUCGGGACAUGUUUUAUAAGAUACUCCAUGGCUUCAAAGACCAAGUGGGGGAAGAGAAUUGGCAGCAGUUUUCAGAGCAGUUCCCACCUCUGCUCAAGGAGAGAUUAGCUGCCUUCUAUGGAGUCUAGGUGAAACUGGGAGACCACGCACUAGGUUCCUGACGGCGUUGGGAGGGGUUGCUGGGAGCUCAUCAGCAUCCAGGUGUUGCAGUGCCCUGUCAGUGGGGGGUUAGGGAGGAGUACGUGGGACACAAAACUAAACGACUUCCCGUCUUCCUGCCAUUGCGGGGGUGGGGGGUGGGGGGCCUCCACGCUCAUUCUACAAACCAGGGGCUUUCAUCUCUGGCAGAAGCCUGAGCAGUGCCAGCCACACGGGGGGCGGUGGGUGGGGGGAGGACUCGCUGCAACAGGAUCUUGUUUUGGAGGAGGAGGAGGAGGAAGAAUGGGAAACAAACGGGGAAAGGGAAUUGUUCUAGUGAUCCGAGAGACACUGACACAGAUGGUCUCUCGUGCGCACAGAGUAGGGUUAAAAAACGUUUAAAAACGAAAGGAAAAAUAGAACAAGCAGCCACUAUUCUGGUACUGCCCAUCAGUCUGGCGGGGUGGGGGGUGUCGCUGUGGGGGGAUUAUGGUGCAUCCAGAUUGGUGGGAGGGGGGCUUUGCCUGGUUCUCCCACCUUUUUCCCUGACUGCAUGGUGACAUUUAGAGUAGCGAAUCCUGUGAGUUAGGCCAUAAUGACUUAAAUGUAACCUUCAUCUAGAGUUUAAGAUGCUUCUGUAAUAGGUGCUGUGCAUUGGUCUGAAGAAUGCCAUGACAGAGGGUCCCAGCUGGCAAGAGCCCAGUGCCUUGGGGCCAUGGGUUGGGGAGGGAGAAAAAGAAGGUACAGGUCCUCCUCUGGGCUGUCUAGCCCAAUGAUUCAUCCAGGAGGGCAGCCAUUUCCUGGGCCCUAGGCCCUGCUACACUGGUCAGCACUGUAGAGACGCAUGCUUUUAAAGCUACUGCUCAGCGAAUUCUUCUCUCACCGGUUGUAUACCUGUAUCCUGCUGCUGCUAUUGCGUUUACUUCACCUUUCCCUUUCAAACCCAGUGGAGGGAGGGGGGACAGAAGGGGAGCAGGUAGCAGCUGGGAGAUGUGGCGUGUUUGGAGCAUAAGGUGAGCCCCUUCAACUUGGGUCCACUGUCUCCCAGCCUUCAUCUUGAGACUACCUAGCAAUCUUCCCACUGGGAGGAAGACUGUUUGCUUCUCUACCACUGUUGGUUCCCCAUAUGUGGAUGAGCCCUAAGAUAUCAGAGCAUACACUGAAUGAAUACAACUUAGUAUCUCUUCUUUCUCUCUCCUAGAAAUGUUGAUAGGACAGUCUUAGAGGUUCUUUCCUGUUUCCUUUUCUGUCCUGUUCAGGCCUCAGGGCCAUCCUUUUCUUGUCUCAUUUUAUUUAACAUUUUUGGUACUGGGACAAUGGCUGGAACCAGCUUUGACCAUAGCCAGGAAAAGCUUUCUUCUGGGUGGUUUACUUGCUGGGAAUUGUCAGCCAAGUGGUAGCAGUGGGAAGUCAGAGCCCAGGUGAAUCAGAGUGAGAGGGGAAAGUGAAACAGAUGGCCCAUAGAAUUUCUACUUACUCAUUCCCUCAGUCCUUAAUAAGAGCCCAGAGGGGAGAAGUGAGUGAGAAGUGGUUAGUUGAGGCAGACUUUGCUUUGCGGAAACUAGGAUAGGGACUUCUAUAAAUGCUGUCCAACCUGGACCUAAGGAAUCGAGGUCUGGUGAUUUUUUUUUUUCUGGGCCUGGGAACUGUCAGUAUCCUGGUGGAACCCAAGGUAAAUGUAGGCAAAAGAGGAGGGGAUUACAAUGAGGAGGGAUCAGUGCUGUAGUCCCUGGAGAGGUGUCACCAAUGGGCUUUGAUGGAAGCAAACUCAACUGGGAAGCAGUCCAGUGGCUUUCUGCUCCCUCUUGUCUUCUCUGUAAUUGGAUUUUGGUGUCUUUUGUCAGCCCUUCUCUAGGGGCCCGAGAUCUCCCUUUUCUUAGGUGAAGCCCUGGGACUUCUGCCUGCCUUCCACCUCAGGAUGGGGAACCCUGUAGCUUUUAAGUCAGGGCCUGUCUUUCCCUUCCAUUUCUCUUCCAUCCCUCAUUCACCAUUUCAAGCGUGGUGUCACGCACAUUCCUCAGCUCAGCUUUUUAAUUUAAUUUUUUAAAAUCGCGUAAAAACUCGAGCAGGUCUCUGGGAGCCGUUUACAAAUGUUUUUGUUUUUUAUUUUGUUAAAUUUUAUUUUUUUAAUUCUGUUUUUUUGUUUUUAUUUUAUUUUUUUAUUUUUAUUUUUUUUUUGGAGAGCCUUUUCCCCUGGGGUGCUUGAGGUAUAUAGUCUUGUAGCAUCCAGGCUAGGCGUUUUUUUCACUCAGGAUGAACGAGGUCCAUGCUUAGGCUCUGAGGGACCCAGAGAAGGGGGAUGGGGGAGCAAGGUGUUUUUUUUUUCCCUUCCAGAUUAUUUAAUUUUUUAGUUUAGUUUUUUUUUUCCACAAUGAAGUUAAAGCUCCAUGAUCCAACUGCCUCUGCCUCUGUUUGAGUUAGUUUCUGAUUUCGGGAGUUUGCUUGGCCUGGGUGACGGUGCUGACUCUAGUUUUUAGCCUCCUGUCUGUUGAAUCCUCGAUUUGUACAUUUGUAAAUGUGCUGUAAUGUUUCCUAUGGUAAAACUGCUGUGGAUUAGUGUUGAAGCAACUGCUUGCACCUUUGCUCCAAUGAGAUUUUUCUCAUUUUAUGUAUAAUUUUUUUGUUGACUAAAAACCAGUUUCUUGUGACUCAA